AUGAAGAACUUGAGAGUUCUAGAUCUUACAAGUUGUGUUGACUUAUUAGUUACUCCUAAGUUCUCUGGGUGCAAAAAUCUGGCCAUACUGAUUUUGGAGCGAUGUUCACAAUUGGUCGAGGUAGAUCAUUCGAUUGGCGAUUUGAAGUGCUUGAUUUCCCUCAAUUUGAAGUUCUGCACAGAACUCAGCAUGUUGCCGGUAGAAAUGGGUCACCUGACAGCUUUGAAAGAGCUUCUCAUGGAUGGGACUAAGGUAGAAGAAAUUCCCAUCUCCAUUGGUCAAUUCAAGCAGCUUGAGGGCCCAAUUGCAACACUUCCCGACUCUGUUGGAGAACUGAUCAGACUUAAUCACUUGUCAGUAAGGGACUGCCAUCGAAUAAGAAAACUUCCAAACUCCAUUGGCAACAUAGGGAUAUCCUUAGUCGAGUUAGAUGUGUCAGGGACAGGUGUUUCCAAGUUUCCGAAUUCAAUAAAGUAUCUCCAGAAAUUGAAGGUGUUGAGAAUGGAUUCUUGUUUCUUUAAAGAGUUCCCUCCUGAUAUCGGAGAGCUGACCAGCCUCGAAGAAAUACAUGCCUCCUGGUGUCGGAGCCUAGAGGGGGGCAUUCCGAGCGAGAUCGGGAAACUGCAUAAUCUGAGAAUCUUGAGACUGCGACAUUCGACUAUUUCCAGCAUACCGAUGGAGAUCCACCAACUUUCCAAUCUUCAAACCCUUGACUUACUUCACUGUGAUAUGAUCAAAGAGUUACCAAGGCUUCCCUCUAGCAUAAGGGAGUUGCAUGUAGAUGAUGAACUGAAGUCUAGCGAGAUCUGGAUACUGGAUAAUUUGAGGCUGCAACGAUUGAGUACUUCCAAAUUACCAGCAAUGAUCAAACUUUCCAAUCUUCAAACCCGUCGUUUACUUCACUGCAACACGAUCAAAGAGGUGCCAAAGCUUCCCUCUGGCAUGAUGGAUUUGCGAGUAGGUGAUGAACUGAAGUCUAGCAAGAUCUGGAAUCUGCAUGAUCUGAGGCUGGAACUUUUGAGUACUUUCAUCAUACAGGAGGAGAUCCAACUUUCCGAUCCUGAUCUCGUCGAUUACUUUGCGGCACCAUGA